UUGGGAAAUUGGGGUUGGGAAUUUAAUAAUAGAUUUGGACGCUGAUUUGGAGAAGGACAGACAGAAAUUUGAGAUGAAUAAUUCCAAUAACAGCACUAGCAACAGCAGCUCCAAGGAUUGUGGGAGUUUGGCUUCCAGUGGGGCUAAUGCUACCACCGUCUUAGCUGAUGGCCUAAAAUUUGCUUCUGUUCAUCCCUCUGCUCCCCAGGGGAAUUCACACAAAGAGACCAGCAAAUCAAAAGUGAAAAGGAGUAAAACUUCUAAGGAUGCUAAUAAAUCUCUGCCUUCUGCUGCCUUGUAUGGGAUUCCUGAGAUCAGCAGUGCUGGUAAGAGGCAGGAAGUCCAAGGGCGCCCUGGAGAGGCAACUGGCAUGAAUUCAGCACUGGGUCAAAGUGUGAGCAGCAGCAGCUGUGGCAACCCAAACAGCAAUAAUACCAAUACCAGCACCAGCACCACUAUUGCUGCCACAGGGGCAGCUUCUUGUGGGAAAAAUAAAGAGGAGAAAACAGGUAAAAGUCAGAGCAAUAGAGGCUCCAAAAGGGAUAAGGAUGCAGGGAAAUCCAGGAAAGACAAGCAUGACCUGCUUCAGGGCCACACCAAUGGCAGUGGUGGCCAAGCCCCCUCUGGGGGACACCUGUAUGGCUUUGGGGCCAAGGGCAAUGAUGGCGGGAGUCCCUACCACUGUGGGGGCACUGGGAGUGUCGCCUCCUCCACUGGAGGGGAAGUUAGCAAAAAUGCCCCGGAUUCAGGGCUCUUGGGGAACUCUAUUUUGGUAAAGAAAGAAGAGGAGGAGGAGGAGAACCACAGGAGAAUCAAGAAACUGAAAACAGAGAAGGUUGACCCCCUGUUUACAGUGCCAGCACCACCUCCACCAAUUUCCGGUAGCAUCACGCCUCAGAUUCUACCUUCCUACUUUUCUUCAUCUUCAUCCAAUAUCGCAGCCCCAGUUGAACAGCUUUUGGUACGAACUCGUUCAGUGGGUGUUAAUACAUGUGAAGUUGGAGUAAUAACUGAGCCUGAAUGUCUGGGACCCUGUGAACCUGGGACCAGCGUGAAUCUGGAAGGGAUUGUGUGGCAUGAAACUGACGAAGGUGUCUUAGUGGUAAAUGUCACAUGGAGGAAUAAGACCUACGUGGGCACACUGCUGGAUUGCACAAAGCAUGAUUGGGCACCCCCAAGGUUUUGUGAGUCACCAACAAGUGAUCUGGAAAUGAGAGGAGGUCGAGGAAGAGGGAAGCGAGCAAGGUCUGCAGCAACUGUACCAGGAAAUGAUGCUAGCUUUGCAGAAGCUAGAGGGCUACAGAACAAGAACAGAGGUGGUGCUAAUGGAAAAGGGAGGAGGGGUAACCUUAACUCAAGUGGACGCAGGACACCUCCAAACUGUGCUAUUGAAGAUGUCAAAGCCAGUCCCUCUUCAACCAAUAAGAGAAAAAAUAAGCCUCCAAUGGAACUGGAUUUGAACUCCAGUUCAGAGGACAAUAAGUCUGGAAAGCGUGUUCGUACUAAUUCUAGAAGCACUCCAACCACCCCUCAGGGGAAACCAGAGACUACUUUUUUGGACCAAGGUUGCUCUUCUCCAGUAUUAAUUGAUUGCCCACACCCAAACUGUAACAAAAAGUACAAGCACAUUAAUGGACUGCGGUACCACCAGGCUCAUGCACACUUAGAUCCAGAAAGCAAACUGGAAUUUGAGCCUGAGAACGAGGACAAAAUUUCAGAUUGUGAGGAAGCGUUGAGUACCAUGGCUUCUCAAUUCAAUGAGCCAAGCACAAAUAUAUCAACAUUCGAUCCACUAAAAGCACCAACAUCCCCUAGCUCUGUAAACACCCCUGGGACACCCAAGGGCAAAAAAGAAUUGAUUAAUAAUGGUCCAAGUUCAAUUAUCAGUUCUAAAGCUGGCAAGAAUUCUGGCAAAAAGAAAGGCCUUAACAAUGAACUCAGUAACCUUCCAGUGAUCUCUAAUAUGUCAGCCACAUUGGAUAGUUGCUCAGUAACAGAUGGCAGUUUGGCUACUGAAAUGCCCAAAUUGGAAGCAGAGGGAUUAAUAGACAAGAAAAAUUCAGGAGAUAAAGAUAAGAGCAAAAAAGCUAACAGUUGCAAAGUGGACAAAAACCUUUCAAAACUUAAAACUGCCAGACCUAUUGCUCCUGCUCCAGCUCCUACUCCUCCCCAAUUGAUAGCUAUUCCUACUGCAGCCUUUACAACUACCACUACAGGGUCAAUAUCAGGAUUACCCUCACUCACAACCACUGUUGUUCAGGCUACACCAAAGAGUCCUCCUUUAAAACCUAUUCAACCAAAGCCCACAGUUAUGGGAGAGCCAAGCACUAUAAACCCAGCUCUCACAUCACUCAAAGACAAAAAGAAAAAGGAAAAGAGAAAGGCAAAAGAUAAAGAAAGCAAAGAGUCAGGAAGCCCUAAAAUGGAUGUGAAGCUAGGAAAGCUUGAGGACACAAAGGGGUCUGGGAAAGAUUUAUCUGGACAUUUUUUAAAGGACCAUCUCAGCAAGAAUGAAGUGCUAGCUAAUGGUCUGUCAGAAUCUCAAGAGAGCAGGAUGGCAAGUAUUAAAGCUGAAGCUGAUAAGGUUUACACUUUCACAGACAAUGCACCCAGCCCUUCUAUAGGCAGUGCUUCCAGAAUGGAAUGUAACCCUUUGGUGAAUGGACAGUCUCCUAUGCCACCAUUGCAUGUGUUGACACAAAAUGGGGCAGAAAGUUCAGCUACUAAAACAAAUAGCCCUGCUUAUUCUGAUAUAUCAGAUGCUGCUGAUGAUGGUGGUUCUGACAGCAGGUCAGAGGGCAUGAGGUCAAAGGCCAGUUCACCUUCAGAUAUUAUUUCGAGUAAGGACGGUGUUGUAAAAGGGCAUUCUUCAGCUACAGCACAAUCAUCCCAAGUAAAAGAGUCCCAUUCUCCCUAUUACCAUGGCUACGAUACUUAUUAUUCUCCAAGUUAUAUGCACUCAGGCCAAGUCAGCACCCCUGGAGCUGGGAACAGUAGUUACACACAGGGAAUGAAGAUCAAAAAGGAGUCUGAAGAAGAAAUGGAAAGAAAAGACAAGGCAGAGCCAUUAGAUUCUAAGAAAAUGGAAAACAAUUCUAAUUUACCACUUCAACAUCAGUCGGUAAUAACUCAAAGACAUCCUGCACUUGCCCAAUCACUUUAUUAUGGACAGUAUGCCUAUGGCCUCUAUAUGGACCAGAAGUCCUUAAUAGCUACUAAUCCUGCUUACAGACAGCAGUAUGAGAAAUAUUAUGAGGACCAGAGGUUGGCAGAACAGAAAAUAGCUCAAACUGGAAGAGACUGUGAGAGAAAAAAUGAACUCCCUUUGAAAGAACUGGGCAAGGAGGACCCAAGUAAACAGAAAAAUAUGCCAUCUGCCACCAUCUCUAAAGCUCCUACUACUCCAGAGCCUAACAAAAACAAUACUAAACUUGGGCCAGCAUUGCCUAAUAAAACUGAGGAGACAGGUAAAUCACAGAUUCUGUCCAAUCACCAGCAGCAGCUUCAGUCCGACAGCUUCAAAGCUAAGCAGAUGGAAAAUCACCAGCUUAUUAAGGAGGCUGUAGAAAUGAAAUCUGUCAUGGAUACCAUGAAGCAGACAGGUGUAGACCCAACCACAAGAUUUAAACAAGAUCCGGAUUCAAGGACAUGGCACCAUUAUGUAUACCAGUCUAAAUACCUUGAUCAGCAGAAGUCAGAAGAACUUGACAGAGAAAAAAAGUUAAAAGAGGAUAGCCCAAGGAAAACACCUAAUAAAGAGAGUAUGAUACCUGGUCUUCCUGUGUCAUUAACAAGUAUCAAAGAGGAACCGAAAGAAGCCAAGCAUCCUGAUUCUCAAUCACUGGAAGAGAACAAGAUAAAAAAUGAUGAUCGAAAGACUCCUGUAAACUGGAAGGACUCACGAGGGGCCAGAGUGGCUGUCUCCUCUCCAAUGAGUCAACAUCAGUCAUACAUACAGUAUUUACAUGCUUAUCCUUAUCCACAGAUGUAUGAUCCCAAUCAUCCUGCAUACAGGGCUGUCUCUCCUGUCCUAAUGCACAGCUAUCCUGGGGCCUAUCUCUCUCCAGGAUUUCAUUAUCCUGUUUAUGGGAAGAUGUCAGGGAGAGAAGAGGCGGAAAAAGUCAAUACCAGCCCUAGCAUCAGCACGAAAACAGCCACUGAAUCUAAAGCACUGGAUUUGCUUCAGCAGCAUGCCAACCAGUACCGCAGCAAGUCCCCUGCUCCUAUAGAAAAGGCUGUAGCUGAACGUGAGCGGGAAGCAGAGAGAGAACGAGAUCGUCACUCCCCUUUUAGUCAACGUCAUCUUCAUACUCAUCAUCACACACAUGUUGGAAUGGGCUAUCCAUUAAUACCGGGUCAGUAUGACCCCUUUCAAGGGUUAACCUCUGCUGCCCUUGUGGCUACUCAGCAGGUGGCUGCUCAAGCUUCUGCAUCUGGUAUGUUUCCUGCACAGAGAAGAGAGUGAAGAGAUUGGAAAUGUACACUGUCAUGUGAUUGGAUCACAUGGGGAAGCGCUUUAUUACAGACAUCAGUUCCAUGGUGUUAAUUUGAAAUGCCUUAAUGGCAGGCAAAAAGCAGUCAUUUCAUUUUUGUAAAUUGCAGAUUUUAUCACAGAGUAACAAAUGUCGCUGUAAUUAAACUUCUUUUUAUAUAUAUAUACAUACAUAUAUAUGUGUUAUAUAUGUAUAUUCUUUACUUUUUAUAUCAGUAACCAGGCUCAAAUACACAGGGUCUGCUGCCAAGUUGCAAGCCACACAAUAAAGGAAAAAAGUGAUUUUGUCAUGUUGAAAUGUAUUAGCCACAAAAGGCUAUUUGUUUUCUUUUCCUUUUGCUUUUAAAUUAUAAAUAAUGUUAUGUAUCAGUGUGCCUGAACCUUGCAUACCCUUAAGAUAUUUCCACAAGCCUCUCAGAAGGACUAACUGUGAUGAUGACACUUUCAUACAAUUUAGAUGUCUAUUUGGUGGCUCCUGUUAAGAUGCAUCAGUGUGAAAUGUUACUGUAUUCACUGUUUCAUUGUAAUUGUGUAUGGUGGAAAAUAUACUUUUGGAAGGCAUGGGGUUGCCAGUACCACAAAAACUGUGUUGUACAUAAUGUAUAGAUUUUAAAUGGGGAAAUAAUGAGCAUCUAGGAAUAAUGAAACAUCCAUUUAAAAAUAUUGAAUGGCAAAUAACCCAAUAGCCUGCAUAUCAGAAGACAUCUGUGAUUGUUCUAUUACUUGAAUAGUCCCACAGUCUUUUUUUUUAAUGUUUACAAUUAUCCAGUUUUAGAAAAGAGACUUUAAUACCAUUGCCUGGUUACCUGUUUU